ACCAUAAAAAACAAAAUCUCGUUGGAAUUCUUGCCUUGCCGCAAGAAAACAUAAACAAAUCAAUAUUUAAUAGAUUUAUUGAAGACUGUUAAAGAAAAUCUAAAUUAUACUCAACCAUGAGCUGCAAUUACGCAGAUGGACUGUCGGCCUACGACGACAAGGGAAUUCUGGGUGCUCCAGAGAGUUUCGACAGCGAUGAAGUUGUGGCCGAAAAGUGCCAAGAACUUGCUGAUUUAAUCAAAAGAUCCGGACACGUUGUCCUCCACACAGGUGCUGGCAUCAGUACAUCCGCAGGGAUUCCGGAUUUCCGGGGUCCCAAGGGAGUUUGGACUCUGGAGGAGAAGGGCGAGAAGCCCGACUUCAAUGUCUCCUUUGAUGAGGCCAGGCCCACAAAAACCCACAUGGCCAUUAUAUCCCUUAUCGAUAGUGGCUAUGUGCAGUAUGUUGUCUCCCAGAACAUAGACGGAUUGCAUCUGAAAUCCGGACUGGAUAGGAAAUAUCUCUCCGAGCUGCACGGCAACAUUUACAUCGAACAGUGCAAGAAAUGCAGACGUCAAUUUGUCAGCUCUUCUGCUGUGGAAACAGUUGGUCAAAAAUCACUGAAACGCCCCUGCAAAUCAUCAAUGGAUAGUAAAGGACGCAGCUGCAGAUCGGGUAUCCUAUACGAUAACGUUCUGGACUGGGAACACGAUCUUCCCGAGAAGGACCUGGAAAUGGGUGUGAUGCAUUCCACCAUCGCCGAUUUGAAUAUAGCUCUGGGAACCACUCUGCAAAUAGUGCCCAGCGGUGAUCUUCCUCUGAAAAACCUCAAACGCGGUGGUAAACUUGUCAUUUGUAAUCUACAACCUACAAAACACAACAAAAGGGCGAAUUUAAUCAUAUCCAGCUAUGUGGAUGUGGUUUUGUCCAAAGUUUGCAAAUUGUUGGGUGUCGAGAUCCCCGAAUACUCGGAAUCCUCUGAUCCUACAAAGCAGUCUAACCCAACUGAGUGGACUAUACCAACAAACAAUGUAAAUUCCUUUCACAAAAAGUAUAGAACCCAUGUAAAAGAGUCGAAAAUUGAAUCUAAAGCCAAGAAAACUAAAUAUAAGUAAAUCUUUAAAUUUAUAAAUAGGUAUAUUCUUGAAAUGUAUUUAACUUUGUUCUCAAAUCUUAGUACUGACUCGAAAUGUAAGACCUUUUACAAUUUUUUAUUCUAUGUAAAUAAUUUAUAAUUUAUAAUAUGUAGAUAUGAAAGAAACUUAUCUAUAUUGAAUAGUUAUAUUUUAAAACCCCAUACUUUUUUUGUUAGCUCACUGCCUCGUUUGGUAAAUAAGUUAAACGUUUUAAAAGAAUGGCAAACGUGUUCUUUUAAAACGAACAAAUUAAAAUAAACGCCCAGGAAAAGACGUAUUAAUAUUAAACAUAA